GCUCUUUACCAUCUCUGGUUCUGGGACUUCAGGGCGCUGAGGCCAGUGCGUUGCAGCACAAAAUAAAGAACUCCAUCUGCAAAUCUGUACAAUCAAGAGUGGACAAUAUUUUGCAAGAUGUGGAGAAGUUUACAGACAUUGAGAAACUCUACCUCUACCUUAAGCUGCCUUCUGGUCCCAACAAUGGCACUGACAAAAGCGAUCAGAGCUCCAUGUCCUCCAGCCGCACACAGCAAAUGCAUGCGUUCAACUGGAUCCGCAAUCACCUGGAGGAGCACCCCGAGACCUCACUUCCCAAACAGGAGGUCUACGAUGAGUACAAGAGCUAUUGUGACAAUCUUGGCUACCAUCCACUGAGCGCAGCUGACUUUGGAAAGAUCAUGAAAAAUGUCUUUCCUAACAUGAAGGCGCGUCGUCUCGGCAUGAGAGGCAAAUCAAAAUACUGCUACAGUGGCCUGAGGAAAAAGGCUUUCGUUCACAUGCCCUCCCUGCCUAGUCUGGACUUGCAUAAAACGGGAGAUGGGUGUGAAGCUCUGGAGCCCUCGAACCAGCUGCCCAGCGUGGAGGACGAGGUGCGCUCGGCGGCCUGCGGGCUGGUGUGCGAGUGGGCCCAGAAGGUUCUGAGCCGUCAGUUUGACAGCGUGGAGGACCUGGCCCGCUUCCUGCUCAACAGCCACUACAUUGGCACCAAGUCCAUGGCAGCCCUCACUGUGAUGACAGGAACGCCCACAGGGGUGAAGACGCCGACCCCGUCCUCCGCGUUUGUGCCGACGGCCGAAGCGAAUUCCUUCCAGCCCCAGGUGAAGACCCUGGCCUCCCCCUCCAUCGAUGCCAAACAGCAGCUGCAGCGCAAGAUCCAGAAGAAGCAGCAGGAGCAGAAGCUGCACUCCCCGCUACCGGGCGAGGCCGGGGCCCGCAGGGUGGACGGGGGCACGCCCAGCGCGGGGACCAGCAUCCCCUGCGGCAGCCCCGCCCUGCUCUCCCCGCAGCCCACCAUCGGUAUCGUGGUCGCUGCCGUCCCCAGCCCAAUCACGGUACAGAGAAGCCAGCAGCUGAUGACCUCUCCCAGCCCUGUGGGCACAGCGGAGGGCAAAGUCCUCCCUGUAAACUUCCAGGUGCUCACUCAGACCGUGCAGCCAGCCAAGCAGUGCCCCAAGACGCCGCAAAACGUCCCCGCCAGCCCCGUGGGGGACCGCUCCGCCCGCCACCGCUACGCCCAGAUCCUGCCCAAGCCGUCGGCCACCAGCGCCAUCACCCUGCGCUCGCCACCGACGCUGCUCAUUACCAACAGCCCCAUCAAGACCGUCAUGCCCACGCCGCACGUCGGCCCCGUCAACGUGGUGAAGAUGACGGCAAUAUCGCUGGCGCCCAACGGUGGCAGUGGCGGCGGCGGCAGCAGCAGCAACGCGGGCACCAUGCGGCCCGCUUCUGCCGGGCUCUCGGAGGAGCCCAGACCCAGCCCCCAGGCCCGCAGCAGCUCCGCCGCCUCCCUUCAGUCCCCCACAGCCAAGCCAGCACUCCCCGCUGCCACGACCCCUACCGUCGACGUCAAGAUGGAGCCUGAAGCCAUAACUGAUAACAAUCAGGCCCUCGGUGCUGAUAGGCCGAAUGCCACUCAGGAAGCCGCCAGCGGGAGGAGGGGCGAGGGAGACGACAAGCCCGGGGUCGCCAGCGAGCCCACGGGCCACGCCAAGGGCUCCCCAAGCCUGGACGGACCGGCUGGGGCCAACUGCGUGGACAAGCCCCCCUCCAGCGCCAACACUGUGGCAGCUUCUGCUGGCAGCAAUAACAACAAUAACAAUAACGAAAGCACUUUGUACCUUACCGUCUCCGGUCAGAGCACCAGCAUCACUCUGUCGUCCAACGGCAACGCCGCCACCGCUACCGCCACAUCGCCGAAGGAAAGCUGCCUGGGCUCCAAGAGCCCAAGAAAGCGUCCGGGCUUCGGCCUGGAGCCGCACACCAUGCCUGUCAAGAAGGUGUUCAUCUCCCAGCAGCCAGUAGGGGGCGUUGACAGUCCAAAGCCCUGCGUCAAGAAGAUCACCAGGGCGGGGACUCCCGGCAAACCUGAAAGUGCACCAGCAGCCGCGUCCGGCAAAGUAACGGUAAAGCUGAACUCCACGGUCCCGACCAGAAUCCUGGCACUCUCCGACUCUCCCGUGGGAAGUGCCAGUAGCUUCCAGACUGUUGUGAAAUCGCAGAGCUCCUCCCAGGUUAAUGCAGAGGGGGGUCCCUCUGACUCGGACACCGGAGUCCUCGUUCCCGACGACAGCGCUUCCAAUCCGAUCCUACUGCAGCAUGUCACGACCAGCCCGCAAGUCAUGUCCACAGGCACAGGCAUGUUGGAGACCUCAACGGUGAAUGACCUGAAGAGCUCCAUGUGGGAGGAAGGACAGCUGGAUGCUAUUCAACAGCAGCAGCAGCAGGUGUAUGUGCAGCAGAUAUCCGACAAGCAGGUUUCCACACCUGUGAUGAACCAGCUUCCCCUGAUGGCCCAGAGCGCCGGCCCGGGCCAGCUGACGCUCCACCCCGACAUCGUCGACUUCGCGGGGGCCCAGCCCAACGUCGACUACUUCCCCUUCAACGACGACGAGAUGACGCAGGACAGCAUCGUGGAGGAGCUGGUACAGAUGGAGGAGCAGAUGAAGCUCAACAGCAGCCUGCAGGCUUUCGGCAGCUGCGUCGAAAUGGCCUUGCAGGACCAGUCCGCCGUCGUGCAGGGCGCCAUUCUGUCCACCCACCAGGUGGGCAGCACCUCCUUUUAUCACUCUGCCCACAGCAGCACUCCCACCCAUACCCCCACCCCGACUCCCACGCCCACCCCCACCCCUACUCCCACCUCUGAGAUGAUAGGUGGAGGUGGAGGCUUGACCCGGGAGAGCCCUUGCUCCCGUCUGGCCCCCACCACCCCCGUGGACAGCGCUUUGGGGAGCAGCCGGCACACCCCCAUCGGGACCCCGCACUCCAACUGCAGCAGCAGCGUCCCACCAAGCCCGGUGGAGUGCAGGAACCCCUUCGCUUUCACGCCCAUCAACUCCAGCAUGACCGGCUACCACGACGCCAGCAUAGUCUCCAGCAGCCCCGUCAAGCCCAUGCAGAGACCCACGGCCACCCACCCGGACAAGGCCAAGCUGGACUGGAUGAACAAUGGCUACAACAGCAGCUCGGGCACCUCGUCCAUCUCCAACAAUGGCAUCGGCAUCCUCCCCAGCUACCAGGACCUGGUGGACGACCACUUCAGGAAGCCUCACGCCUUCGCCAUACCGGGCCAGUCCUACCAGGCCCAAACCCGGCACCACGACGCCACCUUCGGCCGGCUGACGCCCGUCUCCCCGGUGCAGCAGCAGGUCGCCAGCAUGGCGAACGCCAGCAAGCAGGAGGCGGGCUUUGCAGUGCCCGCCCCGUUGGACGGCAAGCCGGCGAGCUCGUUGUCGGGAGGCUCGUUCCGGUGCCGGAGCGUCAGCCCGGCCGUCCGGCAGCGGAACCUGAGCGGCAGCACAGCCUACUCCAGCGUCCCCCGCUCCGUCGCCUCCCCGUUCAACUCCCCCGUCACCCCCGAGGUGCUCAGCAUCUUCGCCAACAGCCACCCAGACGCCGGCUCCAACAACAUGGCCCAGAGGAGCCAGUCGGUGCCGCUCAACGUCAUGAUGCAGACGGAGGUGCUUCCGCUGCAGAAGCCGAGCAACAGCAAGACGAUCACCAACGUGCUGCUCAGCAAGAUGGACGCCGAUGGUGACGACGCCGUGCGCGGCCUGGGCAUCAACAACAUGCCUUCCAACUACACCGCCCGCAUGAACCUCACCCACAUCCUGGAGACCACGCCCAGCUUUACCGGAGGUGCCGCCGCCCACCAGGCUCUGGUGGACUCCGGCACCUCCGCGUACGAGUUCCAGAGGCCGGGCCUUCUGACGAAAAAUUCCAGGGUGGAGCAGGUGAGCUUCUCCUCUGGGGAUAGCCAAGCACAAUCAGACUGUGGAGAACAGCAGCAGGAGCCCGUGCAGGACCUCCAGCAGGGACAAAACCAGACGCAGCUGCUGCACGAAGACCCCCAGCAGCUGGAUUUCAACAGCACCGUCAAAGACCUGCUGGGAGAGGACGGGCUGAACCCCAGCUCUCAGCUCGUGGGCCAGGUGGCGUCCGAACUCAACGCGGUGGCCUCCGACUUCUCCAGCGACAUCAGACUGACCUCGGAGCUUUCCAGUAGCAUCAACGACCUGAACACUUUAGACGCAAAUCUACUGUUCGACCCAAACCGACAGCAGGGACAAUAUGAAGAUUCUACACUGGAAGAACUAAAGAACGAUCCGCUCUUUCAGCAGAUUUGCAGUGAGACUGUGAACUCUGCUGGCUUUGACUGGCUGGAAAGUAAAGACCAGCCCACCGUGGAAAUGUUGGGUUAAUUGGAUUUUGUUGUUUGUUUGUUUGUUUUUGUUUUUUUUUGGUUGGAUGUUUAAUUGCUUGUUCAUUUGUUUUCUGGGAGUUUUUCUCUCCCCCUCUUAUUUUGUAUUGUACAGCACACUGCAACAAUAAUCUGGACCGAAAUCUGUCCAGUGAGAAG